UCCGGUUUACUAUUUGUCCUAGUGUUAUGCUGAAAGUUUAUUUACAGAGAACCAGAAAAAGCACCAACAACAUUUGCAGAACUUUGGAAUUCGUACUGAAGGAAGCAAGACCAUUAACUAACCUCAAAUAUGUCAGACCAGUCAAGGAAUUCGUGGAUUAAACAAGAUAAUCCCAGGCUAGUGUCUGCUCGACAGAAAGACAUUUAUGAAGAUAUUUUGGAGGACAGAAGACAUUCAAGUGAUGUUGUUUGGUCAUUUAGGACGAGAGAAGAACCAAAAUAUAAGUACAACAAACCAAGAACACCCGAUGAGAUCAGAAAACAUGUUAUGCAUAGUGAUCGUGUCAAAUAUGCUGUUGAAAAGGUUUGUUCAGAAAGUGGAUUACCCAUUGAAGAGGUAUGGAAGCAGGCGGAAGAAGUUAUGCAGGAAAUGUCCCACAAUCUGAGCAUGGGAGCCAUUCGAGGAUUUGCAAUGUUUCUCGUCAAAGUUUUAAAAUCACUGUUCAAAAGAGUUUAUGUCAAUACAGAAGGAAUACAAAAGGUCAGAGAGAUGUUAGUAGAAUACCCAGUUCUAUUGAUGCCUACCCAUAGAAGUUAUUUUGACUUUCUUUUGAUGUCAUAUGUGUUCUAUUCCUACGAUCUUCCACUGCCUGUUAUUGCUGCUGCUAUGGAUUUUAUGGGUAUGAAGUUUUUUGGAUGGCUGUUGAGAAACAGUGGUGCAUUUUAUAUUCGGAGAAGUUUUGGAGAUGACAUGUUAUACUGGGCAGUAUUUACAGAAUAUGUCCAGUCACAGCUGGUCAAUGGAGAUCAUCCUAUAGAAUUCUAUGUCGAGGGAACCAGAAGCAGAACGUCAAAGUCAUAUGCUCCAAAAUUUGGAAUGUUAUCUGCAUCACUAGAACCCUAUUUUAAAGCCCACAUACCAGAUAUCAUGGUUAUACCAAUUAGUAUAAGUUAUGACAAGAUUUUAGAAGAAGCUUUGUAUGCUUAUGAAAUAUUAGGUGUACCUAAGCCUAAAGAGUCUACAUCUGGUUUAUUCAAAGCUAGAAAUUUAUUGUCAGAAGAUUUUGGAAAUGUACAUGUACAUUUUGGUGAGCCUCUGUCAAUUAGAAAAUAUACAGAUGGAAAAGUAGAUAGAAGUGUGCAUAGUUUAGCACCCAGGUAUAUUGCUAGCCUUUCAGAUGACGAAAAUAAACUUAUACAAAAUUUAGGUUAUAAAGUACUGUUACUCCAUCAGGAACAUAUGGUUAUUUCCCCUUGGUCAUUAAUGGCUGCCGUCCUUGUACAGAAUAAAGAUGGUAUUAAAAUCAAACAGCUUGAGAAGGAAGUGGAAUGGAUAAAAAGACAGGCCACUAACCUGGGAGCUUAUAUUGACUGGCCAGGUAAUGAGUCAGCUGAUGCAGUCCUUAGAAGUACCUUAGCGUUACAUAAAAACAUUGCCGAAGUAGAUAGUGAAGACGUAGUCCAUCUUCUAGAGAUUCAGCAUCCAACCAGAGGCAGCCAAGAUGAACUAAUGCAAGCUGCUGCUCAACAUUUAAUAAUAACACUUUAUAAAAAUCAAUUGAUGCAUAUAUUUGUAAGAGUUUCUAUGGUUACGUUAUCUAUCAAUUCAUGUACAGAAGAAACAAUGUCUAUGAAUGAACUUUACAGUAAAUAUGAGUUUUUAGAACAUCUUCUAAAUAGAGAUUUUAUCUUUAUGCCCGGCUGUACAAAACAAGAUUUUGAGAAUGCCAUGUUGACAUUAACACAUAACUGUGGAGUGGUGGUAGAAGAUGAUUUAUUACAAGUUAAAAAAUCUACAAAUAAAUAUACAACGUUCUUUAGUCAGAUGUUUGAACCAUUCUUACUGGGAUAUUGGAUCGCCUGUAAAUAUAUGUUGUCAAUGCACAAUGAUGCUCAUGGGAAACCGUUAGCCAAGCCUCCAAAGUCAAUCACCAAGGAAUCACAGAUCCUGGGGUCAAGGCUAUUGAGGGAGGGACAGAUCAGACAUCUGGAAGUUCUGUCAUUAGAUUUACUCAGUAAUGGAAUAAACUCCUUACAUCAAAUGGGUGCUGUAAGGAAAGAAAAAAGAGAUAACCAGACAUACAUGUUCCCAAACACAGUCAAACUUACAGCUGUUUGUUCAGAAAUAGAGAAAUAUAUAGAUGUUCCCCAUAUUCCAGAGGCCAUCAUCAAUGUGUCAUCCAAAACAGUCACAAUCAAUGCCAAGUUAUAAAUGUACCAAAACUGUCAUCUUUCUGUUAUCUUAAACUAUCACCAUCUUAUAGUCAUCAUAUGUGGAUUGUCUUUACAGUUGCCAUUAGUAAUAACUAAUAAUGAUGUGAAUAUCCAUUAACUGUGGUCAUUCUUAUAUCACAAUUAUUAGCACAAGCACUGAAGAAUCAUCAUCAGUUAUGAUACUGUGGAUUCAUUUAAUUCAUGGGUACACAUUUUUGGUUGAUUAAGAAAAUCUUACAUGCUGGUGGAUAUAUAAAUUCAUGGUUUUGCUGAAGACUGUAUACAAGCUUAUAGGAAAUUUGUCAUUCAUUGAACAUUGAAUUUCGUGGUUCACCCUUACCCACAAAAUUGGUAUCCUAUGAAUAUAAAUGGAUUCAUAGUAGCAUAUUUCAUACUUAUAUCUGGUGCUUUUAUUUUAAUAUUUAACAAAGUUUAUGGGGAUUAUAGGGAUUCUAGUCAUUAGUCAUGAUUUGUAAGAUAACAUCAAUAACUGCAACAAAAAUUAAAUGUUUUUUAGGUGUUGCAUCCAAUUUUAAAUUUUGCAAUUCUUACUUCAAACAUGUACAUGAGGUUUUAUUUUUGUGUUUUUCUUAUCUUUUAUUUUGAUUUUUUUUAAAGAAAGUAUAACAGGAAUAAGUAAACCUCUGAAUCCCGUAAGGUGAAAAUGUUUUUGCAUAAACUGAUAAUUGUAAAUUAAUGAAGAAUGCUUUGUAAGUAGGGUAUGGAAGUCAGAUGAAUAACACACAGUAUCAAUACUUCCUUUUCCAGUGGCAUUCAAUGUAAAUAAGGUCAAACACUUGUACAUUUUUAUUGAAGCUUGUCUGUGAUAAUUUAUAAUAAGUGUGUCUACAUUUAUUUGUUAACAUAGUUAUCUGUAGAAACUUCCUUGUUUAUGAUAGCUGAUUAUGUUUAAGUUGAGUUUUGCUUUAUAAAAAUUUACUUGUUGUCUUUAAGAUUUUUUUUAGGAAUAUUAUUCAGUAUCAGUCAAGAUUAUUUUUUGAGAUACAAUUGCUUUCAAGCAAUCUGUAGACUUAUACCAUUGGCUCAGGGCCCUCAUGUCAACUGUUUUAUUCUAAACAUUCAGGAACAUCUCAUAUUCUUAUGAUUGUCUUGCUUUAAAAUGUAAAAACAAACAAAGGGAUCACGCUUAAGGUGGUAUGGGUGUCUUCCUCCAUCUUGGAUUGUAAAAAACAGAGAACAAAAGGUCCAGAUUUUCUAUCAAGUCAUCAAAAUUUGUCUGCUAUUGAGGGUUAUUGUUGUUGCAUAAUUUUAAAUCAUAUGCAUCAUUUAAAUUGAAAUAAAUGUUAUCCAUGUCGUAAAGGUGUAACUACAACACCCCUUUUGGCGAAAUGUUUGAUGUAUGUACGAAGAUCCCUCCGUGAAAGGAGCACCCCUCGAAUGCUGUGAGGGUACAGUGGAAUCUGUGUACACUCCCUACCAAGAUUAAUGGAGAUAUGUCACUAACUUAUAUACAACCCACCACCAUAUUAUUGUUUUGAGUUGUCUUCCUUCCGUAAGUAACUUUCACCAAUUCUGAAUCAAAAUACAUGUCAAGAAAAAUUAACUCGUUAUGACGAUAAAAGUCGUAUUAUAUUGAAAACGUUCACAAUUUAAACCGAGGAUUGUGUUCAAAAAGCGGUCAUGAAAACUGACCCAAAGGAAAAUUAAAUAUUUAAAGUGUUAGGAAUGGGGUUCCUCCUAGAAUAAACAUAGGUAAAUAGGUGAUAAGAUAUGAAGUGAAUUACCUUCUCUCACUCUGAGUCUCAGUGACUGCUGUGGAAAGUAAACUUGGAAUUUAUAGUACAAAAAUAAAACACAAUGGGCCUAAGUACAUUGUUCAUACACUUUUAUCUGGGAUUGGCUAUUUUGUAACUAUUCAUAUUACGUGAAUUACAUUUCAAAUGUGCAGUUGAAUUAGUUUUGAAAAUAAUAUUAUCCAGCUACAUGUAUACAUGUGUCAAUGAAAACAAAGACAAUCGUAUCCCUUAAAGCAAUCUCUUUGAUUGUAAGUCUCUGCUCCCACUUGUACCAGAAAGAGAUGGAGAAUUCACAUGUUGUCUCUCCUAAGAUAUGUAAUAGUCAUUUGUAUGUAUAGAUUAAACAAUAACAAUAGUAUAAGCUAUCAAAAGAGUUGUUAGUGGUCAGAUCAUUGUUACAUUCGUUUUAGCAUCAUCAAAAAUAUUUAUCAUAAAUUCAUUUAUUGAAAAAGUAUACUAAUUUGUUCAUUAAUUAAUGAUAUUUUCAAUGUAUUUGAAAUAAUUUUUGGUACCUGUAGUAUCAGUCUUGUUAGAAUAAGUUAGGUAGAUAAAUUACAGAGAUUUGUUUAGGCCAUUAUACAUUAUGCUUUGAAAAAAUCAGGGACACUUGUGAAAAAAACCAAGUUGAUUUGAAAGACUGACUUAAUCUUGAAUUUAAUGUUAACAAUUAGCUAGACCAAUGUAAAUGAAUACUGUUACCCAUAUAGUAAAGUUUAAAACAUUUGUUAAGAUGAUAUUUGACUGAAAUUCUAGUGUCUUAAUAUACUAGUAAUGUUUCUUAUCAAGCUGUCAUUCAUUAAAAGUUACAGUAUUUGAACACUUAUUUUGAUAUUCGCAUUCAGUACGAAUUUGCAGCAUUUUGAUUUGAUAUUACAAAUGUAUUUUGUGCUGAAUUGGAAAUGUUUUAUUAAUAGUAUGUACAAGUUCUUAUUUUCUUGCAAAACUUUGACAAUCACUGAAUGAAGUUGUAAAAUGAUGUAUUUGUUUAUUAUUAUAUACUACAAAUUCAAUUUUGUUGUUGUGAUGUUUAAUUAUUAUAAAAUUGUGGCUGCACAGGUUUUGAAGAAGAAGAAAAAGACAUUUUCAGUGUAAUAGCAUCAAUUUUGUGUAGCAUUUCCUUUAUUGUAAUGAGUUAUCUUGCGCAGUGAAUAUUUUUCAGGAAUUGUAAAAAUGUAUGAAAACAUUUGUGUAUUUGCAAUAGUAGUACUUCCAUGUAAAAUAAUUGAAAUCCAUUUUAUUUAUACUUACUAACACGUUAACAUAAUGUUAAUUUAUUUCAUACAUGACAUGAUACAUGAUGAUAUAUUUGAAUGAUAAAAUGCUUUUCCUGAAUUGAAAAAUCUGCGUGAAAAAUGAAAAAUUGUGCACAGAAGGCUAAGUUUAUGAUAUAUACAUGCAUUGGUUCAAGAAUUAGAUAAACAUUAUUUUUCACCGUCACUUGUUUCAUAUGACUCAAAUAUUCAACACCAACAAACAAACCUUUUCUGGAGUCGAUUUCACAAAAAAACUAAGGACUAAAAUUGGUCGUAAGUCUUGAACCAUUCAGUAUACUUAGUCGUAAGUUUUUUUGUGAAAUCAACUCCUGGUUUUUAUUUACAUCUUGCACAUGAAACUCUUGUUUUGAUUCGUAAUAGCAAAUAGAAGGAACAUAGUUAUUUUUAAACUUUUAUUUUGGUUAAAAGAAUUCCUGCAUAUUUUCAUGCAUGUUAUAUAUGUUACCCCUUUUCAACACUAGAAAACCUGUCACCAAACCUAUAUUUAGUUUUAAGAAACUGUUCCAAAGGGGCAUACUGUGGAUUCAUUUAUUUUCGUGGAUACCAAUUUUCGUGGUUUGAGGAAAACUUACAUAUUCGUGGAUAUUUAAUUUCGUGGUUUUGGCAAAGUCUACACUCAUUCCUUUACAAAAUUUGUAUUUCGUUGAACAUUUAAAUUCGUGGUUCUCCUGUACCCACGAAAUCCACGAAAAUUGGUAUCCAACGAAUAUUAAUGAAUCCACAGUAUAGUUUUACUGUUGUCCAUAUUAAUAUAAAAUGGAAGACAUACUAGUAUAUGGUUUUAUUUUGGGCUUUCGAAGGACUUGGGUAUUUUUUAUGUGUUUAGUUGUAUGUAGAGGACUUACUAGUUCAGGCCUGCAUUUGAAAAAAAUGUUUGAAUGUAAAUAAUAUAAACCAACUGUUCAAAAUAUUUUUUCAGUUUGAAACUUGAGAUGCAUUACAAUUUUCAAAACGUCCAACAUCAUUCAUUGAUAAAUUUUCUUUUGCAAUCUCUGGAGAUAGUUAUUGAUAUGGUAUAAUUAUAAAUAAUGGUUUAUAAACAAAUUUAUUUGGCAUUGCAUUCUAAACAUACUUUUGAUCCAAUAAUGACUGUUGCUUAGAGCAUUUUUUAUAUCUAUUGAUGAGUGUGAUUUCAUUCAGAUAUUCAAAUUUAAUUCUGUUUAUCUGUAUUUCAAUUUUUUAUGUUAAAUGUAUAAUAUUAUUUAUUUCAUUAUGCUCAUUUGAUGUCCAUAAGACUGUGCAAUAGGCAUAAUUUUUUUUACUGUUUAUUUAUUUUUUUAUACAUAAUGCUAUAUUAUAUUAAAAGAUACU